AGUCGUGACGAUUUCCUCCAACAUGGUUCCACGAUGAGCGAGCGGUCGUUGGACCUCUGGUUCUGCGAGGAGUGCCAGGACUAUUUCCAGAAGGAGUGUCCGGCCCACGGGCCCCCGCUGUUUGUCCCCGACACGCCUGCGGCCCUGGGGUCGGCCAACAGGGCGGCGCUCACCGUCCCGUCGGGCCUGGAGGUCUUCACCGAGGACGACCAGGUGGAUGUUCGCUGCCUGGACCCAAACAUCCCCAAGGGGGCGGUGUUUGGACCGUACGAGGGCGAGCUGGUGUCCAAGGACAAAUCCUCCGGCUUCUUCUCCUGGAUAGUGAGUUUAACUGGUCCCAGACCAGUUCAGAACCAGUCUAAACCUGGUCCAGGCUUAACCUGCAUUCACAUACCGUUCACGAGUUAUUUGAUCCUUUGAAAACUGAGUCGGUUUGAUUUCUGUAGAAAAACACUAGA